UUGACCAACACCAAUAUCAAAUAGUGGUUAGAUCCACUAUUUCUUACCAGGAAAUUGUACAAACCUGUAAUGUAAUAAAGUACACCAAAUGCUUACAAAUGCAACUUAUGAUAUGUUUCUAUGAGAGGGUACAUUGAGAAUUCCACCCUCUGUUGUUUAGAAUGGUUCUCAAACUUAAGUGUGCCUUCGAGUCACCUGGAGGACUUCUUAAAAUAUGAUUUCUCAAUUCCACUGCAGAGACUGUCUCGGUAGAUGGUAGGACCUGGGGGAGCUCCCAAGUGGUGAGCCUUGCAGUUCACUGAUGACAACUGAGUAGCACUCACCUAGAUGAAACACGGCGACUUUGCUUUAGCCAGAGACUGGAAUUUCCGUGUCUCAUUAUACUAAGCCUGUGAUUCUCCUAGUUUGUAAAUACACAGCUCAAAAACCACUACCAGGGGAAUGGAAAGGAGAACCUGGGGAGGCAUGGAGUUAGGCUGACAGGAACAUGAACUUGGGCGUAAGAGUGGGGGAUAGUCACCAUGAGUGCCAGGCGCACUACUGAAGUCACCGUUUCCUGCUCCACAAAAUGGCCACCAUGCUCCACACACAUGUGGUCACAUGCCUCGCCAGUUUCAGGUCUGUGACUGGAAAAGCUGCACUCGGAAGAGCAAGGGCUGGUUGAACCAGAGAAAUCCCACAGCAGCACCAAUCCAGGGGAACUGAGCGAGCAGGCAGAGAGACAGGAUGCAAGGAGGCCCGGAUUGCCGGAAGACGAGUUCUCGUGAGACCUCGAAAACUCCAAUAUUGAAACUAGGGUAUUAGUGAGAAAGGGCAGCCCCGCCCCUGGAUGAGGAGUGCGCGGGGGACAGGAUUGGCUGGGAAAUCACGCGAGAGGUUUGAACCCAGAGCGCGCAGUCGCCGGGCAGAAGUCAUAACGACAGUGAGAGCACACACGUCGUACGUGCGGACGUUGAGGUCUUACCCCGCGGCGGGUGCUCGGAGCCGCAGUUCCUCCGCAGAGAGGGCCUUGGUGGUGAAGCUAACCCUCGCUCACCAGUGGAGUACUCCAAGUUCUGGUACUUUUCCAGGAUGAGUCAUGUGCCAGUGGGAAAUGCGCUGGGCCUGGACCAGCAGUUUGCUAGCCUAGACCUGAACUCUUCAGAUAAUCAGACUGGAGGAAGUACAGCCAGCAAAGGGCGCUAUAUCCCUCCUCAUUUGAGGAACAGAGACGCCACUAAGGGGUUCCACGACAAAGACAGUUCAGGGUGGAGUGCUAGUAAAGACAAGGACGCUUACAGCAGUUUUGGGUCUCGGAGUGAGUCAAGAGGCAAGUCUAGUUUCUUCAGUGAUCGUGGAAGUGGAUCGAGAGGGAGGUUUGAUGAUCGCGGACAGAGUGACUAUGAUCGCCUUGGCAGCCAUGCAGAUAGAAGUAGCUUUGGAAAAUUUGAACGUGCUGGAAACAGUCACUGGUGUGACAAAUCAGAUGAAGAUGACUGGUCAAAACCACUCCCACCAAGUGAACGCUUGGAACAAGAACUCUUUUCUGGAGGCAACACUGGGAUUAAUUUUGAGAAAUAUGAUGACAUUCCAGUUGAGGCGACAGGCAACAACUGCCCUCCACGUAUUGAAAGUUUCAGUGAUGUUGAGAUGGGAGAAAUUAUUAUGGGAAACAUUGAGCUUACUCGUUAUACCCGCCCAACUCCAGUGCAAAAGCAUGCUAUUCCUAUAAUCAAGGAGAAAAGAGACUUGAUGGCAUGCGCCCAAACAGGAUCGGGAAAAACCGCAGCAUUUCUCUUGCCUAUCUUGAGUCAGAUUUAUUCAGAUGGUCCAGGUGAGGCCUUGAGGGCCAGGAAGGAAAAUGGAAGGUAUGGGCGCCGCAAACAGUACCCAAUCUCCUUGGUACUGGCACCAACGAGAGAACUGGCAGUUCAGAUCUACGAGGAAGCCAGAAAAUUCUCAUACCGAUCUAGAGUUCGUCCUUGUGUGGUUUAUGGUGGUGCUGAUAUUGGUCAGCAGAUUCGAGACUUAGAACGUGGGUGCCACUUGUUAGUAGCCACUCCUGGUCGUCUAGUGGAUAUGAUGGAAAGAGGAAAGAUUGGAUUAGACUUCUGCAAAUACUUGGUGUUAGAUGAAGCUGAUCGGAUGUUGGAUAUGGGGUUUGAACCUCAGAUCCGUAGAAUAGUUGAACAAGAUACUAUGCCUCCAAAAGGUGUCCGCCACACUAUGAUGUUUAGUGCUACUUUUCCUAAAGAAAUACAGAUGCUGGCCCGUGAUUUCUUGGAUGAAUAUAUUUUUCUGGCCGUAGGAAGAGUUGGGUCUACUUCUGAGAACAUCACACAGAAAGUCGUUUGGGUGGAAGAACCAGACAAACGGUCAUUUCUACUUGACCUCCUAAAAGCAACAGGCAAAGAUUCACUUACCUUAGUAUUUGUGGAGACCAAAAAAGGUGCAGAUUCUCUGGAGGAUUUCUUAUACCAUGAAGGAUAUGCUUGUACCAGUAUCCAUGGAGACCGUUCUCAGCGAGAUAGGGAAGAGGCUCUUCACCAGUUCCGCUCAGGAAAAAGCCCAAUUCUAGUGGCUACGGCAGUAGCAGCAAGAGGACUAGAUAUUUCAAAUGUGAAACAUGUUAUCAAUUUUGACUUGCCUAGUGAUAUUGAAGAAUAUGUACAUAGAAUUGGCCGUACAGGACGUGUGGGAAACCUUGGCCUCGCUACCUCAUUCUUUAAUGAGAGGAACAUAAAUAUUACUAAGGAUUUAUUGGAUCUCCUUGUUGAAGCAAAACAAGAAGUGCCAUCUUGGUUAGAAAACAUGGCUUUUGAACAUCACUACAAGAGUAGCAGUCACGGACGUUCCAAGAGCAGUAGAUUCAGUGGAGGCUUUGGUGCCAGAGACUAUCGACAAAGUAUUGGUACUAGCAGCUCCAACUUCAACAGCAGUCGUGCCAGCAGCAGCCGCAGUGGUGGAGGUGGCCACAGCAGCAGCCGAGGAUUUGGUGGAGGAGGCUAUGGAGGCUUUCACAACAAUGAUGGAUAUGGUGGAAACUAUAACUCCCAGGGAGUUGACUGGUGGGGUAACUGAGCUUGCUUUGCCAAACAAGUUAAUAUGGAAACCACAUGUAACUUAGCUGGACUAUACCUUGUGUAGCUUCAAGGGUUCCUGCACAUUACCAGCUGUGAUUCUUCACUGAUUUAUUAUUAUUAAAAAAACCUCAAAGUUACAAGAAAAAAUGAAAGGAACAAUCAACAGCCCUGUUUCAAAGAUGGUUUAAAGACUUCAUUGCUGUAGUUUGGAUUAACUACCCCCAUCCCAAACUGCUUUAUAAUUUUGUGACUGAGGAUUAUUUGUUUGUUAAUGUACUGUACCUUUAACUUUAGAUAAGUUUUUAUUUUGAUGUUCUGUUGGCUCAGUAAUGCUCAAGAUAUCAAUUGUUUUGACAAAAUAAAUUUACUGAAUUUGAGCUAAAAUUUUUUUUUAAAUGCACCAUGUCUGGGGUUAAGUGCAUUUGUUUCCAGGGAAGUAUUUUACAUAUCUGCUUGUUUUCAUGAAUAUAAAAGGCAAAAAGAAACUUAAAAUAGUAUCCAUAACUCUAUAAACAGACUUUAACUCCAAUCCAAAAGGUGACAUUGCUCUAAAAUACCCUCACAGAUUUCAGAAAAUUACAAUAGCAAUUUAUAGAGUAACUGAACAAAUAGCUGACAAGUUUUUAACUAGCUACAAGCACUAAAGCUAUAUAGACUUUUUGAAAUGCAAGGUUAUGUUUUUGUAAUUUAAGUAUUUGCUGA